AAGAACAAUUAAAUUAAAAACCGGCACAAAUUUACUUCAUUUAUUUUAAACCUAACCGGAAGCAUAAACAUCAAGCAAGACACGGCCACAGUGAACCAAUUUCCGGCUGAAUUCUUCCUCUGUGAUGGGCAAUAACCGCCAACACCGGUUCAGAAACCACCGUCAGAAUCACGCUCAAUCCAGUCGACACUCACUAGACAACGAAUCUCAAAGCUCCGUCGUUCAAGAAACUCGUGACGGUGAUAAUGAAGAAGCGGUGGAACUCUCACAACCCAAAAUAAAGCUUGCAAUGUGGGAUUUUGGCCAAUGCGAUGCCAAAAAAUGCACGGGGCGCAAGCUUUCAAGACUGGGUUUUCUAAAAGAGUUACGUGUGAGUAAUGGUUUUGGGGGAAUUGCUUUAAGUCCUGUUGGGCAGCAAUGUGUCUCAAGAGAAGAUUACUCUUUAAUCCAGACUAAAGGAUUGGCUGUUGUGGACUGCUCAUGGGCACGCUUAGAUGAUGUGCCUUUUGCAAAGUUGCGCUGCCCUGCUCCUCGCCUCUGGAAUAAAAUGAUUUGUUUUUAUGCAGUGCCUUGGCUUGUAGCAGCAAACCCAAUAAAUUAUGGGCGGCCAUGUCAGCUAUCUUGCGUAGAGGCCUUGUCUGCUGCUUUGAUAAUAUGUGGAGAAGAAGAAACAGCAAAUCUGGUGCUUGGCAAGUUUAACUGGGGUCACUCUUUUACGUCCCUGAAUAAGGAAUUACUGAGGGCCUACUCUAAAUGCCAAAACAGUGCUGAAAUUAUUUCUGUUCAAAAUGAGUGGCUAUCACAAGCACGUCAGGUUCCACGGGCUCCUCCUACUGAUAGCAAAGAUGUUAUGCAUGAAAAUGAAGAUAAUGUUCAAAACUCUUCUGAUUCGGAAGACGGGCUUCCACCUCUUGAAAGGAAUGUGAAUCAUUUAAACAUAGACAAUAGUGAUGAAGAGAGUGAAGAUGAGCUCCCACCUCUUGAAAGGAACAUGAAUCAUUUGAACAUAGACAAUAGUGAUGAGGAGACUGAGUAGAUUUGUUUUAAAUCUCUGAUGGCACAGGAUACUUCUCUUACAGUGCUGCUGUACUGGAAUCAAUCUGGACAUGUGCUCAACGUAGAAUUGCUUAGCAGAAAGCUUUUCAGCUGAGAUAUGUAUUUGUUUCCAGUUGUUUAUUUUGCUUAUACAUAUAUUUUAAAGUAAUUAAAUAUAGAAUGUUAUGAGUGUC